AUGGCGCUGAGGGCGCGCGCCCGCGCCGUGGAGGAGGCCAUGGCCCAGAGACGGGCCGAGUUCGAGGCGAUGGACGCCACCGAGUUUCCGCAGCAGGUCGACGAGCACCCGAAGGCCGCCAACGAGCUUCCGCAGCAGGACGACGAGCCCCCGAAGGAGCACCCGAAGCAGGUCAGCGAGCACUUGGAGGAUGCCGACGAGCUUCAGAAGCAGGCCGAGCAAGAGAGCAUCGAUGUUGCCCAGAAGUUCGAGAGUAAGCUCCUAGAGGAGAUCAGUGGACUCGCGCUGCCCAACGGCCUCGACGUAGGGAACAUCGAUUUCGAGAAGGAGCUCAUGAAGAUGUUCAAGAGCGCCAAGUUCGAACCAGAGAAGGCGGAAGCACCGACGACUACAGAGGACAAGAUACACCAGCAGAUGUUAGAGAAACACGCUGUACUGGCAAAGGCUGCAGAGCAGAACUUUGAAUUUCCAGCAGGGAGCUCGGCAGGCAGAGCUUUUGGGCGUUUUAUUGCGAAGCACUGGAGCGAAGAGAAGCAGGACCAAUAUUGGAAACUUAGUAAUUUGGAGAAGGGCCGCUGGAGAGCCCAGUGGGGCAAGGAACAAUACGACUUGGUGGUUCGUUCGAAACAGACGGUGGAAAGCUACGACGAGACCGACACUUGCAUGUACGAAGAUCUGAAUUGGGAUGCCCUGGUGGUUGCUGAAGGCGGGCACAGACCAAGUGUAAUCAAGGGCUGCCUCACGAUAGUGAAAAAUCUGAUAAAAAAGGGCCCGCCAUUCGUCAGCAUCGACGAGGACAGCGGAAGGUUACUAUUCAAAAGGAAGCGCAAAUACUCCAAAGCGGAGCGCAGGAACGGCCAGCUGACACUGUACCUGCAGGAAUGGAGACUCCUGAAAAGACUGGCGCUCGUGUUGCUGAUUCUGGUGCUGCUGGUUCUGGGCAGGUCGGAGGAUCAGGUGGAAGACGUCGUGACGGUCUUCAGACGAGCUCAAGGGCAAUACCAGUGGAUCAGCGAGAAGUCGGCCACGGAGACGGAGUGGGCGUGGGCGAAGAAUGAGAAGUUCAGCGAGCCGCUGCAGAAGGCCAGCGAGUACCUCGAGUCCUGCACCAAGGGGGGCGACGACUUCCAGAUGGCCCUGGUCGUGGGCGCCGAGGAAGUGCUCAACGGCAUGGUCCCGCCCAUGCUUCGGGUGUUCCUCGACGCGGAGCUCCCCAGCGAGGCUAGUUCUUUGACUGAGGCCCAGGUGUUAUUCGACAUCUGCCCAUCGUUCCACGCGGGACAACUUCUUUGGGUGAGGGGAGUCGGCCCACCGCACUUUGACCGCUUCAUUACACUAGAAGAGAAAUGCCGCAUUCUCGGCAUUGAUGAAUCCAUUCCUAGCACGAUCGCAGAUGCGCCCAUUGAAGUAAUUGAGAAGGCGAUCUGCGAUGCGUCCUGCCCUGGGUGCGUAGGCCUGAUUGUGGCAUGCAUGUGGGCAGGCCUCAAGUCAGAAGAAUCACUCUGCGGUCAUUAUAAGGGCGUGCUGAAGCAGAUGGGCGGCAAGGACGCCACAGCUGCCUCGGCCGCCUCGCACAAGAGCGCGCUGGCGGCCAACCUCAUGUGGGAGUUCUGCAUCGGCUCGGUGGUGAGGUUCAAGGCGCCAACCCCGGAGCCGGGCCUGGCCAGGCCGCUGGGCCUGCCCGUGCCCAGCGCCAGCCCCGCGCCCAACCUGCGGAGCUUCGCCGACAGAGGCGCGGUCGGCAAGGUGCCAUCGCCAAGGCCUUCCCUGGGGCCGCCGCAGACCAGGAGGCCUUCUCCCGCCAAGGGUGCCGCCCAGUCUGGGAAGUCGGCCGGCGUCAAGCCAGUCGGCUCCUCGCCACCGCUGAAGGACCAGCCGGAGCCCAAGGUCGGCGCGCGGGCUGGGCUGCCAGGAGGUUGCGCGAGCAGCUACCCGCACUCACCCAUCAAUUUCUUGAAUCAGUGA